AUGACAAGCGGGGAGGGGCUGGAGCUGCAGGAGCUGCGCGCGCUGCUGAGGAGGGCCCGGCGGGGGCGGCUCCCGGAGCCCCCCCCGGACUCCGAGUCAGACCCGGAACCGGAACCGGAACCGGAACCGGAAGCGGAAGACGCGGGGGGAGGGGCCCCGCCGCCCGCGGCAGGAGCCCCUCCCCCCGCAGGCCCCGCCCUCCAGGAGCUGUGGGCGGAGCUUGGGCGGGGCCGGGGAGGGGCGGGGCCUGAGCGGAGCCUGCCCCGGCUGCUGCGGCAGCGCGAAUGGGGGCGGAGCUUCUCCAGGGAGGAGCGAUCCCAGCUGAGCUCCCACUUCCUGCCCAAUCACGCGGCGGCGCUGGAGCCCCACCCCCAGAAGGUUUUCUGCGCCGUCUUCGCCGACGGCGGCCGGAGGCUCCUGACGGCGUGCCAGGACCACGCCCUGCGUCUGUUCGAGGUGUCGGGGGCGGGGCUGCGGCUCCUCUGCGCCACCAGGGGGCGCCACGUGGGCUGGAACCACGCCCUGCGUCUGUUCGAGGUGUCGGGGGCGGGGCUGCGGCUCCUCCGCGCCACCAGGGGGCGCCACCCGAAAAUGACCCAAAAUCCCGAUUUUUCCCCCCAAAAUUUCCCAGACCACGCCCUGCGUCUGUUCGAGGUGUCGGGGGCGGGGCUGCGGCUCCUCCACGCCACCAGGGGGCGCCACUCUAAAAUCCACAAAUUUCGACAUAAAAUCCCCAAAUUUCACCCCCAAAUCCCCAAAAUGACCCAAAAUCCCGAUUUUUCCCCCCAAAAAUCAGACCACGCCCUGCGUCUGUUCGAGGUGUCGGGGGCGGGGCUGCGGCUCCUCCGCGCCACCAGGGGGCGCCACGUGGGCUGGAGCAUCCUGGACGUGGCGCUCUGCCCCGACGGGCGCCAGGCGCUCUACUGCUCCUGGUCCAGCUACGUCCACGUGUUUGAUUUGCAUGGAGAGGGCGACGCCCACACGGCGCUGGACUUCAGGCCGGAGGACCGGCGCUUCGCCGUCUUCUCAUUGGCCGUGGGGCCGGAUGGGCGGGACGUGAUGGGCGGGGCCAACGACGGCUGCGUCUACGUCUACGACCGGGAGGCGCAGAGGAGAGUGGAGAGGGUCCCCGCCCACGAGGACGACGUCAACGCCGUGGCCCUGGCCGACGCCUCGGGCCAGCUGCUGCUCUCGGGGGGCGACGACGCCGUGGGCCGGGCCUGGGACCGGCGCUGCCUGCCCGAGGGGCCGGCGCUGACGCUGGCCGGCCACCGCGACGGCCUCACCUUCCUGCACGCCAGGGGGGACGGCCGCUACGUGGUGUCCAACUCCAAGGACCAGUCGGCCAAGCUGUGGGACCUGCGGCGGCCCUCGGGGCCGGCGGCGCUGGCGGCGGCGCGCCGGGCGGUGGCGCGGCAGAGCUGGGACUACCGGUGGCAGCGGGCGCCGCGGAACGCCCGCCGGGCCCCGCCCCUGCCGGGUGACGCGUCGCUGAUGACGUUCCGCGGUCACGUGGUGCUGCACACGCUGCUGCGCUGCCGCCUGGCGCCGCCAGGGGGCGCCCCCGCGCUGGCGGCCGGCAGCGCCGACGGGGCCGUGCUGGUGUAUGACGUCACCACGGGGCGGGCCCUGCGCCGCCUGGCCAAUCACGGCGCCUGCGUGCGUGACGUCAGCUGGAGCCCCGAGGGGGCGUGGCUCGCCAGCGCCUCGUGGGACGGCACCGUCCGGCUCUGGGAUUAUCGCGACGGCGGCGACGGCGACGACGGCGAGGGGGCGGGGCCUCGGGGGGAGGGGGCGGGAUCCAGUCCUGCCCCAUAG